GUGCGAAGCCUCCAGACUGCAGGAAUACAACAAAGUACAGCUGAGCCGCAGCUCGGAGAACUUGAAGCCUUCUUGUGUUUUGUCAAUUUAAGCGCACACCACCUCCUGACAGGCUUUCUCCUCCGCUGGCAGCACCGUGGAAAAAGAUGCACCUCAUCACGACUCACCUUCAGAUCGUUGCUGUGCUCUUUCUGCCCGGAGCAUGGGGUCAGAUGGGUAGCAGCAGCACACUUGGCGUCGUGGUGGAGGCCAAGAACAUCACGCUCCCCGCAGGGUCCAAGGCCGUUCUGCCCUGCCACAGCCCCCGCAUGGUGUGGACCCAGGAUAGACUGAAAGACCGUCAGAGGGUGGUGCACUGGGACUUGGUGCGCAGCAGCCCAGAGUAUUCUGUGGAGCGUGUCCUGGAUAUGUCCCCCGGAGCCCGUCAGAGGCUCUACAAUAGCGUCAACAAGGGACGCAUUUCCGUCCAAGACUCCGCUUUCAAUGAUGGCAACUUCUCCCUGAUCAUCAACAAUGUGUUCACAACUGACAAAGGAGUGUACACCUGUAAUCUGCACCAUCACUACUGCCAGAUUCACCAGUCCAUCCAAAUCCAGCUCAAUGUCACAAAGUCAGCUCGAAAAGAGAAGCGCUACUGGGAUGGAGAGAAGACUGUGUUCGUGGUCUUGUUGGGCAAGUCAGUGGUGUUGCCUUGUGUGAACCGGCGCUCGCUGUGGAGAGAGGGCCUCCAGGAGGACCAGCAGCAGGUGGCUCACUGGGACUUCCAGCCUCCUGGAGUGCGUCCUGACAGAGCUGACCGCCUGGUCGACCUCUAUGCGUCCGGAGAGCGCCGGGAUUACGGACCACGCUUUGGAUCGAGCAAGAUGAGCGUGGAGGAGGACGCUUUCACUUUAGGGGACUUCUCACUGUCCAUUUCUCACUUGAAGCCUGUCGAUAAAGGCCUGUACUCCUGCCACCUGCAUCACCACUACUGUGGUCUGCAUGAAAGACGCAUCUUCAGGCUCACCGUGGGACCUCCGAUCCCCUCCGCGCCCACAACAGCGCCCAGAGUCCAGAAUGAUGUGCCAGAGCCAAGGACGGAGAAAGAGGUGGAGGGUCCACGCGUGGUGAACGUCAUCCUCCCUGAGCAUCGAGGUUAUUUCGUGCAGCAUUUGGGCUACUUCCUGGCGACUUUCUUACUGCUGGCGCUCAUCGUAGUCGCCGUCAUUGUGCUGACUAGGCGACGCAAAAAGAGAGGGCUGGAGUAUGACCUGCGUAGAUGUGAUCGGGGAAAUGUGAUCAGUGGAGGGGAAAUGUCAUUAGACUGCACAGAGCUGAGGACCUGUAACCAAGAACCUCCGAGUUCAGACUACAAAAACAACCUACUGAAAGAGAGAGAUAUGGUCAAAGAAUGCAAUAUGGACUUUGAUGGGAAGCUGUGGAAGUGAGUGCGAUAUUUCUGAGAUGCUGCUGGCAGGUCCAGGGCAAACACCAGAAGAGUAAAGGACUGUGGAGAGAAGGGCAAACAAGAGGAAACCCAGGAGAGGACAGGAGGAAUGCUCCCUCUGCUGUAACUUUUACACACUAAGCUUUUUCACUAAAAGUCAGCAUCAUUUUUUUUUUACAUGUCAUUUUUUUUAUAAGUUGCAUUUUCACCAGCUGUUAUAACAACAUAUAUUUGAUCCUUACUCCUUGCAUUCAUUGGUUGGUUUAUGAUGAUUAUUAGGCAUUUUUUAUCAUCAAUUUUGUUUUUUAACGAAAAUGCAUGCUGUUCAUUAAAGUAUGUUUUAUGUGUGAUGUGCAUGCUUACAAAGCUACAACAGCUCUUUUCCAUUCUUAAAUUUAUAAUUUUCCUUUUUUUGCACAAAUUCUGCCGUACUGUAAUUUGAAAAGGUGUUUCAAAGGUAAGUUUACUGUAGCUAGACAGUUUCACACAGUGUUUAGAAACAAGUGCCACACAUUUCUAGCUAUAUAAUAAGAUACUUCUUUUUUUUUCUUCACAAAACUCAGCUGUGUUGACAAAAUGACUACAUUUAAUAUUUUUUUUGUGGAUUUAAUGUAUUUAAAAAAAAAUGCAAACCAAAUAAUAUUUUUCCCAAAUGGUCAUUGAUAACUUAUCAAGUGAAAAAUAGCUAAAAUUGUAGGACUAAAGGCUCAGUCUACUGAAACUCAGGAAAAAAAAGAAAAUCUUUUAACCAUUUAUUUGGUUUUUAAUGGGCUGUGUAGUUCUUGUUUGCCUUAAUGAAUAAAGUACCCUGGAUUGUAAAACACUGAAUUUUUAUAACUAAAUAUGCUCGUUAAUGACAGGUACAAAUUUGUUCUAAAAUGUGUGGCUAUAUCUCUACGAGGUUUACUGCAGGAAGAAGAGUGUCCACCUCACGAACUGUAAUCCUAAUCCAUUUUUUCCUUUUGUCUCUUGCUCUCGUGCACUUGUUCUCUUCUGAGAAAAAUAUGUCUUCUAUUAAAGAUUCACAACAGUGGCCACAGA